UCCUCGCACUGCGCAAGAGCGGAACCGCGUGCGUUUCCGGCGUGCCUCUAGGCGGGCGCGGUUUAUGGUUGCGUUUGGGCCUUGUCUUGCGGGGCGUUCGGGUUUACCGGUUUCAGCUUGUGGCUCUACAGCCACCACGGCCACUCUGAAAAGAUGGGCGAGGAGGCCAAUGACGACAAGAAGCCCACGACCAAAUUCGAACUAGAGCGAGAAACAGAACUGCGCUUUGAGGUGGAGGCGUCGCAGUCGGUUCAGCUGGAGCUGUUGGCUGGCAUGGCAGAGAUCUUUGGCACCGAGCUGACACGAAACAAGAAGUUCACCUUUGACGCCGGGGCCAAGGUGGCUGUUUUCACUUGGCAUGGCUGCUCCGUGCAGCUGAGUGGCCGCACCGAGGUGGCUUACGUCUCCAAGGACACCCCUAUGUUGCUUUAUCUCAACACUCACACGGCCCUGGAGCAGAUGCGGAGGCAGGCUGAAAAGGAAGAGGAGCGUGGGCCCCGGGUGAUGGUUGUCGGCCCCACAGAUGUGGGCAAAUCCACGGUGUGUCGCCUGCUGCUCAACUAUGCAGUGCGUUUGGGACGCCGUCCUACUUACGUGGAGCUGGAUGUGGGCCAGGGCUCUGUGUCCAUCCCUGGUACCAUGGGAGCCCUGUACAUUGAGCGGCCUGCAGAUGUGGAAGAAGGUUUCUCCAUCCAGGCCCCGCUGGUGUAUCAUUUUGGCUCCACCACUCCGGGGACCAACAUCAAGCUGUAUAAUAAGAUUACAUCUCGCCUAGCAGAUGUGUUUAACCAGCGGUGUGAGGUGAACCGAAGGGCUUCCGUGAGCGGCUGCGUUAUAAAUACUUGCGGCUGGGUCAAGGGCUCGGGCUACCAGGCGCUGGUGCACGCAGCCUCUGCCUUCGAGGUGGACGUGGUCGUGGUGCUGGACCAGGAGCGGCUGUACAAUGAGCUGAAGCGGGACCUGCCUCACUUCGUUCGCACGGUGCUGCUCCCCAAGUCUGGGGGCGUGGUGGAGCGCUCUAAGGACUUCCGGCGGGAGUGCAGGGACGAGCGCAUUCGUGAGUAUUUCUACGGCUUCCGGGGCUGCUUCUAUCCCCAUGCCUUCAAUGUCAAAUUUUCUGAUGUGAAAAUCUACAAGGUGGGCGCGCCCACCAUCCCCGACUCCUGUCUCCCGCUGGGCAUGUCCCAGGAGGACAACCAGCUCAAGCUGGUGCCCGUCACCCCGGGCCGGGACAUGGUGCACCACCUGCUGAGCGUCAGCACGGCUGAGGGCACCGAGGAGAACCUCUCGGAGACCAGCGUGGCCGGCUUCAUCGUGGUGACCAGCGUGGACCUGGAGCACCAGGUGUUCACUGUGCUCUCCCCGGCGCCCCGCCCUCUGCCCAAGAACUUCCUGCUCAUCAUGGACAUCCGGUUCAUGGAUCUCAAGUAGGGCUGGGUGGGCGGGGCUGUGGCCUCUGAGCUCGUGCGUUCUUCUGCUGGCAUAGGCCGGCUGCCCAGGAAACCACUCACAAGAGCAUGGAUGCUACCUCUGGGCACCGAACUUUGAGCUGGAGCCAGAAGGGCCAUGCAGGUGUAGUUGCCUUUUCAGAUCACCCAAGAUGCUGUUGGGAGCUCUUAAGACCUUGGAGGAGUUCAUCUUUUUCACUGUUUCACUGUGCCUCUAUUUAGACAUUUUUUCCCCAAUACCAGGAAUCGAACUCAGGACCUUGCCCUUGCCAGGGAGGUGAGGCCCCACUGAGCUGCACCCCUGGCCCGCUAUUUGGACUAUUCUUAAUACCACUUUGUACGCAGUAUAUAUACAGUUGGCUUAUUUAUUCAGGACGAAAGUGCAAAUUAGAGGGCCUCUUUUCAGUAAACUUCAAAUAAAAAGUUAUUUUAAUA